AUGCGGUCUCCAAGUGGUAGCCGCCUCUGCUUGAAGUCUUUGGAGUUGAAGGAAUUGAAGGUCUCAAUUCCAAAUUUAAUUGGGAAAAAGGGUCCAGUCCUGAAGGACACCUACAGCCCCCUUAUAUCAUCGAAUCUCCAGAACACUUUACACGAGCAUCAGUACCAGAUUCAAUGCAUACAAGUGUUUGUUGUGGCUGUGCUUGCAAUUUUUCCAUUGGUACCUAGAAAUCUUUCACAAAGAGCAUUUCGGCUUUCCUUAAUGGGCACUGCAUGUUCCUCUCUUUUUUCCUUGUAUUCGCUAUAUGGGAAACCCAGGGCAUGGAAUGCACAUGCUUUGCAAGUUUACUUUCAGUCUAUUGCUGUAAAGACCAAGGAUUUUAUCUACUUCAUCUACUGCCUUAUCUUUGUGGCUUCAAAUCUUUGCCUUAAGUUUUCCUUUAUUCCUAUUUUAUGUCGAGCACUUGAGCAUGUUGCCAAGUUCCUUAGGCAUAAUUUCAGUCGUUCCUCCUUGUACAGGAAGUACUUGGAAGAGCCAUGUGUUUGGGUGGAGUCAAACACAACUACCCUCAGUAUACUGUCUUCACACGCUGAGAUUGGACUGGGCUUCCUUAUUAUUUCCUUUUUCUCGUGGCAAGGCAAUCUAAUACAAACUUUCAUGUACUGGCAGCUAUUGAAACUCAUGUACCAUGCCCCUGUUACUGCUAGUUACCACAACAAUGUAUGGGCUAAGAUUGGGAGGAUUGUCAAUCCGCUCGUCCACCGCUACGCCCCAUUCUUGAAUACUCCAAUUUCUGCUGCCCAGAGAUGGCGGUUCAGGUAGAGGAAGGUAGCCUCAAAGAGAAAGGG